GGCGCCGUAGCGCAAUGCAGACCGGUUUGUGCGAUCAUAGCGGUGCAGGCUGGGGUGUUCCCAUAUAUGAAGCUUUAAUCUGCACGAAUUCAAGCUUUUACUGCCCCCACACCAACCAUGCAGAGAGGUGUGUUCAUGGAGUCUCACCUUGGCAAGUUGGUCCCAUGUGUCCUGUUCCUGUUACUGCUCAUACACCUGUGCCUGGCUGCACCAGGUGGGACAUUCAGAGAGGACUCUGGAGAUGCCCACCCCUCUUCCGUAGCACUACGCAAUCCUUUUGGCUCUGGGGAGGAGGACCGCAGGCUGCUGCAGAGCUACAUUCAGUCCAGUCUGAAGGAUGGCCAAGGAGGACCAGAAAUCAUCACCAGGGAGCAAGAGGUGUUCUUCCUGUUUCAUCUUUAUGACUAUGAUCGCAGUGGGCUCUUGGAUGGCUUGGAGAUGAUGAAGCUACUUUCAGACUGUAACUCCCAUCAUGCACCUGGAGCACAGGCCAGUGAUGUGGUGGUGUCAGUAAUAAAUUUCGUAGAUAUGGUCGAUUUUUUACUGCGAACUCAGGAUCUAAACCAGGACGGCCUAUUGGCCCCAUCAGAGCUGCUGUCUCCUUCGUUACCUCGCACACAGGACUCCAGCAACAACAAUGCUCCUCAGCAGCAGGAGGUGGCAGCAAAGGAGAAGCCAUCAAACCCCAGUACUGAUGAGCAUGAGGCUGGAGUAGUGGAGCAGACAGAGGCUCACAAAGAGAUUCAGCCUCAAGAAGAAGCGCAAGCUCUGCAUGAUGUAAGUACAGAAGAGGAGGAAGCCAAUACACAAAUAGAUGAACAGAAUGGACAGCAACUCCCAGAAGCCCUAGCAGAAGAACAAGGGCAGGACCAUAUAGUGCCUGUACAUCAGGGGCAGCCAGAGAUAUAAAUGCACACAUAUCCACACACUAGAGGAACAUAUGGUUCGCUCUGUCGUCUGGCCUCUUGGGUCCAGCAUGUUGAAGACUGGAGAUCGAGUUAAAGUACCACUAUCACCUGACAGAACGUCUUUGUUACCCUCACAGAUGGUCCCUCUCUGGAUUUGAAUCCUGAGAUUUUACAGCCCAUUUCACUGGACUGUGAAAUGUGUAGAUUGUUAAUGAAACCAGUAUUAGUUUCAUUAUAAAUGCAAAGAUUUUUAGAGUUGUAAAGGGACAAAAGUUCUGAAUUCAAAAUGCAAUAUUGCCAUUAUUCUCCUAGUAGGUGAAACAGCUGAUUAUAUAAUUUUAGAUCAUUUCUAAGAUGUGCUUGAGUUGGAUCUUUUUUGCUUUAAUUGUAUUUAUUUACUCUUUUUUCUCAUACCUUAUUAUGCAGUAAUCCCCAAGAAUUAAAAUAGGUUUUGAUGCACUUACGCACAGUGCAGUAAGCAUUGUGUUUGGGUGAGGGCUAUAAUGUGUCUGAAUGAGUUGGGAACCAUGAAAUGACAGAAGAGCAUGUGCUGCUGUACUUAGGAAGGCAGGACAGUUCCCAUCAAUACACCCUUAGAUGUAAUGUUAAACUCAGUCUUUAUCUUCAAACCUGACAUGCAUUCAUAGUAUGAAAGGGUUUACUAUUUGUUGUAAUUUUUCAUUUGCUUUUUUAAGCACUUAUGCCUUUAUACAGCUGGAGACAAUAAAGCUAACAUUGCUUUGUCUCUCCCUGUCAUUCUGUCUCUUAUCUCACACAGUACAAACAGUGUAUAUUAUUAUACUAUAAAUAAAAUGAGCAAAGCUUAGAACAAAAACACAUUAAUGGUUUGUAUGGAUUAAUUAGUCUGGAUGUCUUCAUAAUAAAACACAGUUUGGUCAUGAAAAGGUUGUGAACAUGCUCCUAUAUAUAUGAACUCACAGUUUAGCAUAUGUGAUUAUUUACCUAACUAAAAGUAGCAGUGCCAUAGUGUAAAAAUACUGUUUCAAGGAAAGGUCUUGUAUUCAAAAUGUUAUUUAAAAGUACAACAUUAUUAGCACCAACAUGUACUUUAAAUACCAAAAGUAAAAGUAGCCUAUUCAUUAUGAA